CGAGACGAAGCAGAAAGAUGUCGGAACCAGCCACCAACCCCGCUGCCUCCUCCUUCCCAGCGCCGGUUAUUUCCCUGCCCAUGGGACCGGAGAUCCUGAGGACGUCGUCCGGGGUCCUCAUCUGCUUAGAGAUAGUUUUCGGCGGCUUGGUGUGGAUCCUGGUGGCGUCCUCCGACGUGCCCGUGCCUCUGCUGCAGGGGUGGGUGAUGUUCGUCUCCGUCUCGGCCUUCUUCCUCUCCUCCUUCUACCUCGGACUCCUCGUCAGCGCCACGGCCGACCGCAUCGUCACCGACUGGAAUCUCGUGGAUGUGAUGUACCAUUUCGUGGCGUUUCUUUUCUACGUUGCUGCCUUUGUGCUGGAGGCAGCGUCUACUGCAGCGAAUGGAGGAAUGAACAUUCUGCCCAACAGCACUGAUGUUAUCUUCUGUAUCACCAACCCAGUAGGCAACAUAUUCACAAUCAUGGAUACCAGGCAAUACAACAUCAAUGUGGCAGCCACGAUCUUUGCUCUGGUGGUGACACUGUGCUACUUCUGCAGUAUGCUGAUGGGCUUCAAGCGUUAUCGGAUGUAACCGGGAAACCGACACAAACAAGUUUUACAAACGCCGCAUGACUUCAGCAUGUAUUAAAACAUCACACCGUCCAGAUGUCAGGAACUGCUUUUCAGUUCAGUGCAACCUUAAUUACUGUCUGAUGGGAAACUCUUGUUAGUUACAGGAAUUCAUCUUCUGUUUGGCUGUUAUGGGCUGGGAAGUGUAUUUUGACAGCUGUAAUGAAUAACAGUGUUUGCCCAGUUACCAUCAUUUGAAUUUAAUUGUUUUCUGAUAGGCAGUGAUUUCACAUUUUGGCAGCAGCACAGACUCGUCUGAAAAGUACAUUUGUGCAUCUCUGUGACUAUACUGGGUGAUUAGUCAAUAUGUAACUGAUGCUUCUGACAGGUUUUGUUUUCUUGCGCCAUUUUUCAAUCAACUAUUGCCCCAUUUUCUUACUAAAAUCCUCACUGGAAGAUAUUUUUUCUCAUUUGCAAUACCACAAAACGCGCCCAUGAAUGCUCCUAAUAGGUUGGCGCAAUUUGUUGGAAUGAUUGAAAUAUGAUUGUUUUUACUAUCCUCCAGUUACCUUGGUGCUAAGCAGCUCUGACUAACUCUCGGUGACUCAGUGACUCUAUUUUUUAACCACUUCCAGCCUACAGCAUCUGUUAUGACUGUGCAAACUGUUUGUCCGAUUUGAAAUGCGAGAUGUGAUAUUUGAAGUUGAGAUUUAAAUUCCUGUGAUACUAAACCUUUUGUUAAGUUUUCUCCGUAUAGUUGGCUUCUUCACAAUGUCGCAGCUAAUGUAAAUUCUAUUUACUUCAUGUUCAAAAUUUGCUGUGUACAUUGUCUGAGUACGGAAAUUACCAGCAAAUGUAACCAAGGCUUAUACUUUAGUCAUACAAGUGAUCAAGUUAUUAUUUUUUAAAAUUUCUAUUCUUCAUUAAAUUCUCUAAAUCAUUAA